AUGGCCUCAUCUAGAAAUAAACUAAUAUCUCAACUGAGCUUGUAUAGAAAACAUAAUUUGAACUAUUUGGAUAGAAAAUUCGACCAUUAUGUUAAUUCCAGACCACUUGAUGAUUUAAAUUCACUCCCAGUUUACUUAAAUACAAUCCUUCCCUUUUAUUUGAACUCAAUUCCUCAACUAGUUACAACACUUUUAAAGCCUAGUACUCCCACAGAUAAUUUAAAAGAUGAUUAUAAGUCCACAACCUCAGAGGACAUGGAUGCCUCCAAUUACGACGUGGAGAGUAAGUUGGCCAGUUUGGACAAAACACGAAGCACAAAUAAAAGCUCUCCAAAUCGACAGUCGAAAUCGAAUUAUUCCACAACGAAAUAUAAUUUUGGUAAAAUAAAUUAUGAUCAAAAAUGUUUUAAUAGCACAAGAGCAGUCAGGAAAAUGAAAGAAAAUACUCUCCCAACUGACCGCUUUAGCAGAGCUGCAACACUUGCAGGAUUGAUAUUUAACGUAGCAUCAGCGACCACAAAAGAUGCAAUAAGAAGGUACAUGAGGGGUGAAUACGUAGACGUAUUAACUAACUCCCUUUCAAACGAUAAUGUUAUAAAACUUGUAGUUGAAUGUUUGUGUAAAAUGAGAGGAACUGCACUAAAAUUCGGACAAUUAUUAAGCCUGCAAUCUGAUAUCUUGCCGGAAAAGUUCAGACAAGCCCUGAUAAGUUCACGACAUGAAGCAGAUAUAAUGACAAAAUCACAAGUUGACAAGAUCCUGUCGAGAGAAUUUGGAGAAAAUUGGAUGGAUAACUUUUCAGAAUUUGACUACCAGCCCAUGGCAAGCGCAUCGUUGGGCCAAGCCCAUAAAGCAAAGUUAAAGGAUGGAAAGGAAGUGGCUGUGAAAGUUCAGUUCCCAGGGAUCCUAGAUUCUAUCGAUAGUGAUAUUGAAAACCUAGUCUGGAUCUGCACAUAUACAAAACUAGUUCCAGAUAGUUUCUUUAUAAGAGAGUACUCCAGAGAGUUGAAAAAAGAAGUAAUAGCAGAAUGUGACUACUUGAACGAGGCGAAAUUUUAUGAAAUAUUCAGAAAACUGAACCUUGAAGGGUUCUACGUACCAAAGGUUAUUAGAGAACUGACAACCAAAAAAGUAAUUACAACUGAAUACGUUCACGGGAAACCACUAGAAGAUUUGACUGCCCUGAGUCAGGAGACCCGAAAUUCAGUAGGAAGGAGAAUCUUAAAGUUGGCAUUAUCAGAAAUUUUCGUCUUCGAACUAAUGAACACAGAUCCUAACCCAAGCAAUUAUCUGUACAACGAGGAAACAGAUCUAAUAGGACUUGUGGAUUUUGGUUCAUGCAGAAUUUAUCACAGGAAGUUUGUUAAACCUUACCUCGAACUGGUGCUCGCGACACUGAGAGAUGACCUUGAUGAAAUUUUAAGACUCUCAGUUGAAGUUGGGUUUCUCCACCCUCAAGAAACCCAGAUGGUUAUUAAUGCACAUCUGGAUUCAGUUCGAGCCUCAGCUGAUCCUUUCAAACAUGACGUUGAGUAUGAUUUUAAGAAUAGUAAAACCUUUUCCACGUGCAUCGAAAGGUCCAACAUCAUUUUCAAUCACAGGAAAAAGCCGCCGGCACCAGAAAUAUACUCACUACAUCGCAAGUUGGCAGGCGCCUUUCUAAUAUGUAAAAUAAUCUCAGCAAAGUUUAACUCCAAGAAGGUGUUUGGAGAGGUAAUGGAAAUGACAAAUUUAUAG